GAACCCAGGACAGUUUCAGAGGCGCCCCUGUAUCCUCUCCAUUUCCCGGGCAGGAGUGGUCCGGAGCCUGCCGCGGCUCCCAACCGGCCCAUAUCCUCCUCCAUCCUUCCCUCCCCCCGUCUGCCGCGGCACCGGUAUCCGCAGCCACCAGCCCGGAGCCGGUGAGGCGGCAAAGGGGGGGAGGGGGAGGAAGCAAGGGAUGAGCUCCGGGAGGGCGUCGGGGGCCCUGAGCCGGACGAGGACUCCCCUGGAACCGGGACCCGAGCCAGAACCGGAGCCGGAGACAGAACCAAACCACCGGUACCGGGUGGGCCAACUGCAGCCCACUAAACCCAGGAGGCGCCCUGGCCCGCGCUCGCCCCCCAGGGCCUCAUGUCGGAACCACAGCCUGGCCUGGAGCCGCCCCAACAUGGGCUGUACAUGCUCUUCCUGCUUGUGCUGGUCUUCUUCCUCAUGGGCCUUGUAGGCUUCAUGAUCUGCCACGUGCUCAAGAAGAAAGGCUACCGCUGCCGCACAUCUAGGGGCUCAGAGCCUGAUGAUGCCCAGCUCCAGCCCCCUGAAGACGAUGACGUGAAUGAGGACACAGUAGAGAGGAUUGUUCGCUGCAUCAUCCAAAAUGAAGCCAAUGCUGAGGCCUUGAAGGAGAUGCUAGGGGACAGUGAAGGAGAAGGGACAGUGCAGCUCUCCAGUGUGGAUGCCACCUCCAGCCUGCAGGAUGGAGCCCCUUCCCAUCAUCACACAGUGCAUCUUGGCUCUGCAGCUCCUUGCAUCCACUGUAGUCGCAAUAAGAGGCCCCCACUUGUCCGUCAGGGUCGCUCCAAGGAAGGAAAAAGCCGCCCCAGGCCAGGAGAAACCACUGUGUUCUCAGUGGGCAGAUUCCGAGUGACACACAUUGAGAAGCGAUAUGGCCUACAUGAACACCGUGAUGGUUCCCCUACAGACAGAAGCUGGGGCUCUGGUGGGGGCCAGGAACCAGGGGCCAGUCAGGUGGCUGGGGGAGGGCAGCCUAGGACAGGAACAGCUGCCAUUGAGAGGCUGCUCCCUGAGCCACCACCCUCCCAGGCCGUAGCCACCCACCCAGUGCAGAAUGGAGGACUCAAGGAUGAUAGCCUAGUCCCUAGUACACUUGAGGCAACCCCUGGGACCUCUGCAGAACUGACCUUAGGCACUAGAGGAAGAGGCCCAAGCCCAGGGCUGCCUAGGCAAGAGGCAAAUGGACAGCCAACCAAGCUGGACACCUCAGGUCAGCAGGAGACUCUACCACCAGAAGCAGGGGGCAUGUGAGGCGAGUCUCCCUGAGCUCAGAGACCAGGUAACUUCAUCCUCCCGUCCUCUACCUGAACUAUCCAAGCCUAUCAACUCCCUGACCCCUUGGGAUGAACUACGAGCUUAAUGUGUGUUAUAGAUUCCUUGGCUGGUGGUGGGGAGUGGGCAUAGAGGUCCUGCAGGAGUUAGAUGCAAUCUGGAGAAUAGGAGGAUCAGAGCUUGAAGAGGAAGCAACACUGUCCCCCCCCUCCUUUCUUCCAAGCCUCACUCUUCACUGUGCUGAUGGAUUACCAGCAGGCAUUGCCAGGGUAUGGAUAGCCAUGAAGGCUCUCCCCUCCACUGGACAGCACUGCUCCUCAGUUAAGGGACCAGCUCUACUUCUGUCCAGAGUUACAUGGUCCCAGGCUGAGGGACCUCAGGAGGAGCGCCUCCCAACUCCCAACCCCUCAUUCUUUUUCCUUUCCCUACCUGCCAACAGGUUGCCUGGCCUGCCUUCCCCAAAACCUCGCUCCAUAUGCAAGAGCGUGGCAGCUGGGACCAGGCCCUACCCAUGGUGGGCCCCUAAAGCAAUAGCACCUUAGGCUCCCUGCCCUCUUGGCACAAGAGGCCCAGGCCCUAGCUUGGACUUCAUGCCCUUUAUUCACUGUCAAUAAAUCCGCUCAGACCAUUA